AUGGUCGAAUUUAUUGACAAUAAAACCAAAUUUGAGGCUUCAUUGGAUCUUGUUCACAAUACAAAAAUUUGGUAAGUUUGAGAAAAACAUUUGAAAAUGUGAAAAGGAAUUAUACAUUUUAUUUUAGGAUAGAGUAUAUUUUGGAUGAAAAUGGCGAAAAGUUGAAGAGAGGAAGAAGCGGACAGAACAAAGAAGAAAUUGAGGAGAUUAUCGAUUCUUCACGGAAUCAAGCUUUUGCAGUCCGUGAAGAAAAUGAAAACGGAUCACAUGUUGCAUUCCUACUUUGGGUGAGUAUUUCCAAAAAUGCAAUUUUUUUCAACUCGGUUUUUCCAGUUCCCAGAUAAAAAUGAUUAUGAAAAAAACAACAAUUUUCAUGAAAUUUUUGUGAACAUUGCACAUUUUUACCAAAUCCCAAUCGAAAUGUUUGCAAACGUAUUGUCAAAUCAAUCAACAUCUAGCGCAGUUCAAAACGUACGUUUGAAAGAUCCAAAUAUUAAAUUAGAGCGUAAAAACACAUCUGAAAAACCAAAGACGUGUCCGAAUUUUUUCAAAAAAAAAAAACUAGGAAUUUUCCAAAAUCGAUAUUUUUUCAUCUAACAAUUGUAUCCGGCGAAUUUCAGUAUUUUUUCCAAGAAUAGAAAAUACUUGUUUCUUAUUGAUUGAUUUUUACAGAUUUCAUCAAUCAUAUUAUCCGACAUUUCACAAAAUCAAUUAUUGUCAAAUGAUGAAAAAUCGAUUAUUAAUUCAUCAACGGAAACGUACCACGCCCAGCUUCGUGCUUCGUUUUUAUUCGCGCCGUGCAUAUGCCUCACCCUGGGCGUGGUAUGAACGGAAAAAGAAAAUUCGCUUUUCAAAUUUUUAUUCCAACCGAACAAGUCGGUUCAAUCGAUGGCUUUGAAUUCGAACAGAAAAUGUGACGACUUGGACGUUUUGAGAAAUCUGUGUAAAGAUAACAAUGUCGAUAUGAAGACCAAAGUGAGUUUUGAAAUUAUUGAUUGCGAUAUCGAUAAAAAAGAAACAUUUCAGAUCCGAAUCAUCGAAAAGCUUAAGAGACAAAAUGUCGAAAUUCAAGGAAAAAUUACGAGGAAGAAAUUGGAAGAGAAAUUGGGCAAAACAUUGCUAAAAGUGAGUAUUUCAAAAUUAAGGAUUUUCCUGGAUCUAUCGAUUGUUAUAGAAUCUCAAUCACGAUUUAUGGCGAUUAUGCCAAGAUUCUGAUAUUAAAAAAUUAAUGAUAGAUGUCUCAUCAACACACACAAUUUCUGUAAAUUUGCUCAAAAGAUUAGCCCCUAUGAUGAAAUCCAAAAAGACGGAUUGUAUGAAAUAUUUGAAGAUGAUUAAAACUGCAACAAGCACUUCGAUUGUGAAAGUAAGUUGAAUUAAGUGCACAAUUUGAAUUUUAAUAACAAUCUAUUUUUCAGAAAUUAAGAUAUGAAAAGAGAAAAACGACGAAGAAGAAGAAGUGA